AAGUCGGCAAGUAGCUACAGGCCAUGAAGAGUUUUUGACUUUUUCCCCCAAAAAAGUCUCCCUCGUCUGUAGCUUCGUGUGAAACCUAACGGAGCGUUUAGUAAAGAGCGCACAGAUCCUGGGCAAGCCUAACGCGAAUUGCCACGGAGAGGUUGUUGCUAGAAUCCAGGCAACCCGCCGUGACAGCAGGAAACUUCAUUAUCGUCAUUUUGAAGGUUCUACUUAAGCAUUUCCGGUAACCCAAGUAAUCAAAUAUGCUUCCACUUUAUUCUUCCUUUUUAGAGCCAAAUAAACAAUGCAAGAAACUAGCCGAACUUUGCUUCCUUUUUGUCGAGACUCCGAAUCACAGUCCGACACCCAAAGAGAGAAACUCAACAAACAGAAUCUCACACUCUACUUCAUUUGUAUCUUCGGGGUCAGUCCAUCAGGCUCGAGCGCGUUGUUCCUAUUCGCGCAUGACAGUUUACAUUCAAUGUAAGGAAUUUUUAAAAUUUGUUUAUUUUAUAUAAGAGCAUGGGUUGAAUCGAUCCAUGUUGUUGCUUCCAGAGGCUCUGAAUGUUUAGGAUGCUCUGGGGUCUUCUAAACUAUUAAAAGACUGGGAAGAACAGCUUCUUGGUCCCUUACAAAUGACCCACAAACAGUUUGGUGGAUGUAAGAGAAGAUGAUGAACGUGAAAACUCACAGCUUCUUUCUGGGGAUUUCUCUUCACGGCUCUUUGGAACUCAUCGGCAGUAAUUCGGAGCUUUUAAAUUUAAACAAAUUUUUGUUGCCGAAAAGGGAUAUUUCCAGAUGCAUUGUAUCUGCAAAACAAAGACACUUGGUGAACCAAGUUUUUAGGUUCUCUCAUUUUAGUCGGGGAAAUGUGGUGUCACUGAGGAGAAACCUUGUCUCAAAAAAUCAGUCGAGGUGGAAAUGCUUCAAGAAGCCAUUUCCUCCAGGCAAGGCUCUGGAGAGCUAUUUAACCCCUUUGUGGAAUGAAGGGCUGCUUUUAAUUAGAGCCUCUGUUUAUACAGCAAUUAUCUUUGGGAUGUGUCUAUUGGCAUGGUAUGGGCAGAGUAAAUCUAAGGGUUUCAUUGAAACUAGGCUGUUGCCUUCUGUUUGCUCUGCACUUAGUGAACACUUUCAGCGUAAGCUUGAGUUUGGCAAGGUUAGAAGAAUCUCACCAUUCAGCAUGACAUUGGAGUCAUGUUCAUUUGGGCCACAAAAGGAAGAAUUUUCUUGCGGUGAGGCUCCCACAGUUAAGCUUCGUCUUCAUCCUUUUGCAAGUCUAAGGAGGGGAGAGCUGGUGAUUGAUGCAGUUUUGUCACGCCCAUGUGUCCUAGUAGUGCAAAAGAAGGACUAUACUUGGUUAGGAAUUCCAUCAUCUGAAGGUGGCAUGAAGAGGCACUUCUCAACUGAGGAAGGGAUUGAUCAUCGUACAAAAAUUAGGAGGCUUGCGAGAGAGGAAGCAGCUGCUUGCUGGGCAAAAGAAAGGGAUGAAGCAGCUAGAAAAGCUGCAGAGAUGGGUUACGUAGUUUCUGAGAGGACUGCUACCCUAUCCGAGGGUGAUGCUUUGGAGGACAUUGCUGCUCAAUCAGCAGAAUCAAUUAAGUCCGAAUCCUUUUAUUGCCUGAAUGAGGGGAAGCAUGGCCAUCAUUGCAUGAACUCAGGAAUUGAUUAUGACAUGAAACAUGCUGACUUGGAAAAAUCAUUUGGCGUGAAAUUUCCAGGUUCAGGGCUUCAAGUUUGGCCUAGGGGAAUAAAAAGACGUAGAAAGCCCAAGUUUAAGAGUAAGGUUAAUGGGAGUGGCAGCACUGCCUCUGCUGUUGCUACGAAAGUAAAAAUUCUUGGGCAUAGUUCGCUAGCUGCUCAUACUUAUUUUCAAGGUCAAUUGCAUGACGAGCAUGGGGAGGCUAUAUUGCCAUCUGAUAGUUUUGAUUUUGUGAACCAGGAUACCUUUUUGGUGAAGAGCAAUGUUGACAAUAAUGCAAAAUAUGUUAUUGGUGAUAAUGAAACAAGAAAUGAUGGUGGAAAAAGAGUGACAGAGGUCAGAGAUCAUGGCGUUAAGACUCCUCUAAAUGCAAGUGUUAACGUGCAUUCAGAUUCUUCAAAAUGUUUUCAGGAUCCAAUGUUGCAGACAGGAGUUAGUAAGUGUGAAAAUUUACAAUCUCAUGGGGAUGUUGCAGAACCUGCAAAUACUGAUAGUUACAUAGCCAAAGAGAAGUUGGGACCCCUUGUUGCUGAUAGUCAAAUUGAUGAUAAUAAGUCCAAGGGCCAGAGAAAUUUGUCACCGGCAGAUUCAGUCUUUUUGAACCCUAGACCUCAUCUGGAAACAUAUCUUCAAUUUCCAAUUGAUCUCUUUUUUAUAAAAUUCGGCUCAACCUUAUUUUGCUUUCUUUCUGGUUCUAUUAAAAAAUUCAAAUCUUACAUGGGUCUCCAAGUUGAAGAUAGCGUUUCUGAGCAUGUUGGUGUGGCUGAUUUUCUUCAUUCUGAAGACGCAAAGUUUUUUCCAGUUACACUUGAGUCUGUUCAUAUCAGAGAUGCUACAGUGAUGCUACUUGCAUAUGGUGACGGGGAAGCUAGGGAGAUAGAAAAUGUCAAUGGGCAUGUGAAGUUCCAAAACUGCUAUAGCCGGGUGCAUGCUGAACUUGAUGGUAAUUGUAAAACAUGGAGAUCAGAUAUUAUGUCUGAAGAUGGUGGCUGGUUGUCUGCUAAUAUCUUUGUGGACACUUCUGAACAGAAAUGGCAUGCUAAUGUAAAAAUUGAUAAUCUAUUUGUCUCGCUAUUUGAAAGGAUUCUGGAAAUUCCAAUCACAUGGUCUAAGGGGAGGGCCAGCGGUGAGGUUCACUUGUGCUUGUCGAGAGGUGAAACAUUUACAAAUCUUUAUGGACAACUUGAUUUGACGGGGGUGGAUUUCCAAUUAUUGGAUGCUCCAUCAUGGUUUUCUAUUUCUGCAAGUUUACAUUUUCGUGGUCAAAGAAUAUUUUUACACAAUGCUAGUGGAUGGUUUGGAAGCAUUCCUCUAGAAGCAUCAGGAGAUUUUGGCAUGCAUCCUGAGGAAGGAGAAAUUCAUCUUAUAUGUCAGGUUCCUGUUGUUGAACUAAAUGCCUUGAUGAGAACUUUUAAGAUGAGACCUCUCUUUUUCCCGCUGGCUGGUUCAGUAACUGCUGUUUUCAAUUGUCAAGGCCCACUGUAUGCUCCUGUAUUUGUUGGUAGUGGAAUGGUUUCCAGGACCUUCUCUCAUAUAAAUGUUGAAACUCCUGCAUCUGCAGCAUCUGAAGCACUUGCUAACAGUAAAGAAGCUGGUGCAUUUGCAGCUUUUGAUCGUAUUCCAUUUUCACAUGUAUCUGCCAAUUUUACUUUCAACACUGAUAAUUGUGUUACUGAUUUAUAUGGAAUGAGGGCAAGCCUUCUAGAUGGUGGUGAAAUUCGUGGUGCAGGGAAUGUUUGGAUAUGCCCUGAGGGUAGGGAGGAUGAAGCCGCAAUAGAUGUGAAUUUCUCUGGAAGCUUGGCAUUUGAUAAAAUUAUGCUUCGUUAUAUACCUAGCUAUCAUCAUUUGAUCCCACUCAAAUUGGGCAAUAUAAAUGGAGAAACAAAAUUGUCAGGAUCUCUUUUAAGACCAAAGUUCGAUAUAAAAUGGACUGCACCUAAAGCAGAGGGGUCAUUCAACAAUGCCAGAGGGGAUAUCUUUAUAUCACAUGAUUCUGUAACUAUUGAUUCCUCUUCAGCUGCAUUUGAUUUGUUCAUGAGAGUUCACACAUCAGAUGUUGAUGAUUUUUCUCUUGAGAGAAAUGAAUUUUAUGCAGCUAGAACCAUUCCAUUUAAUAUUGAUGGAGUUGACUUGGAUUUGCGUAUGCGUGAUUUUGAAAUAGUCAGCUUAGGGUCUACUCUGUCAUUUGAUGCUCCAAGGCCUUUGCACUUGAAAACAACUGGAAAGAUUAAGUUUCAGGGAAGGGUUUCAAAACCUGGACAAAUUUCCGUGAAGAAAGGGCGGCAAGUGCUAGUAUUGGAGACAGGAAGUGAAGAUAGUCUUGUUGGUGAGGUUUUAAUAUCUGGUUUCAAGCUUAAUCAAUUAAUGCUGGCACCUCAGUUAUCUGGGUUUUUGAGAAUUUCUCCAACACAUAUCAAGUUGGAGACUUCUGGUAGGCCUGAUGAAAGUCUGGAAGUGGAGUUUGUUGGGCCAUUGCAGGUCAGUCAUGAAGAUGGUCUACAUAUUGGAAAACUGUUGUCCAUUUCCCUUCAAAAAGGGCAAUUGAAGACUAACAUUUGUUUUCAGCCACUUCAAUUAGCUAACUUAGAGGUACGGCAUUUUCCACUUGAUGAGUUAGAGCUUGCUUCUCUCCGGGGAAUCAUACAAAAGGCGGAAAUUCAGCUUAAUUUUCAGAAAAGAAGAGGACAUAGUGUCCUAUCUGUGCUUAAGCCAAAAUUCAGUGGUGUGCUUGGUGAAGCCCUAGAUGUGGCAGCAAGAUGGAGUGGAGAUGUUAUCACCUUAGAAAAAGCUGUCUUGGAACAAAACUACAGCCGUUAUGGAGUUCAAGGUGAAUAUGUUUUGCAUGGCGCUCCUUACCCUGUUGAUGGAAAAGGGGGUGACUAUCUUAAAAAGCAAAUGUCGGUGCCUCUUAGUAGUGUUAUAUCCUCAAUGGGCAGGUGGAGAAUGAGACUUGAGGUUCCUAGAGCUGAGGUUGCAGAGGUGCUUCCUCUUGCAAGGCUUUUUUCUCGAAGUAUGGACCCUGCUGUCUGUUCAAGAUCAAAGGAUCUAUUCAUUCAAAGUUUGCAGUCAGUGGGAUUAUAUGCUGAAAACCUUCAAGAACUGCUUGAGAUGAUUAGGGAGCACCAGGCUUCUAUGAAUGAUGUUCUUGAAGAUUUGAACCUACCUGGUUUAUCUGAACUCAAAGGUCACUGGUGUGCCUCACUUGAUGCUAGUGGUGGUGGACAUGGAGAUACCUUGGCUGAAUUCAACUUUCAAGGUGAGAACUGGGAGUGGGGAGACUACAAAUCUCAGCGCCUCUGGGCUGCUGGUGCUUAUAGUAAUGAUGCUGGUCUUCACCUUGAGAAAAUUUUUAUCCAGAAGGAUAAUGCCACCAUCCAUGCAGAUGGGACUUUGUUGGGGCCUAAAACCAACCUUCAUUUUGCUGUCUUAAAUUUUCCAGUUAGUCUGGUCCCAACUCUAAUUCAGGUCAUUGAAUCUACAACAACAGAUGCCAUUCAUUCUUUGCAGCAAUUAUUGGCACCAAUUAGGGGUAUAUUGCAUAUGGAAGGAGAUCUUAGAGGCACUUUAGCAAAGCCAGAAUGUGAUUUGCAAGUAAGGCUCUUGGAUGGUGCAAUUGGUGGAGUUGAUCUUAGACGAGCAGAAGUUGUUGCUUCUUUAACUUCAGCCAGUCACUUUGUUUUCAAUGCAAAAUUUGAACCUAUAAUCCAAGAUGGGCAUGUACACAUUCAAGGAAGUAUCCCUGUUUCUUUUGUGCAAAGUAACAUAUCAAAUGAAGAUGUAGGAUUUGAUAAAAAUCUGGUUACUGGGCCUGUACGAUGGAUGGAGAAGAAUAAAAUGAUGACUGAGGAUGCUAGUGACAAGAAAGCUUCUAGAGAUAGAAAUGAGGGUUGGAGUACUCAAUUAGAAGAAAGUCUUAAAGGUAUACACUGGAAAAUUUUGGAUGUUGAAGAAGUCAAGGUUGAUGUCGACAUAAUUGAUGGGGGAAUGAUGUUGUUAACAGCUUUAACUCCUUAUGCCAGUUGGCUUGAUGGCAAUGCUGAUAUCAUGCUUGAGUGCAGAGGUACAGUUGAUCAACCAAUUCUAAAUGGAUAUGCAUCAUUCCACAGGGCAUUGAUAUCUUCUCCGGUGCUCAAAAAGCCACUGACCAACUUUGGUGGAACUAUUCACAUAAAAUCAAACACAUUAUGCAUCACUUCAAUGGAGAGUAGGAUAAGCAAAAAAGGAAAACUGCGUGUAAAAGGGAACCUUCCCCUCAGAACUAGUGGUGAACCAGCCAAUAAUGACAAGAUUGAGUUGAAGUGUGAAGUUUUGGAAGUGAAGGCAAAAAAUUUUAGUGGUCAGGUGGACUCUCAGGUGCAAAUAACCGGUUCCAUAUUGCAACCAAAUGUAUCUGGGAAUAUUCAAAUCAGUCAUGGAGUGGUAAAUUUGCCUCAUGAUAGGAGUGCUGUUAUUGCUUCUACUAGAUUCCCAUCAAAUCAGUCUAUGCUUCCUGCUAGUGGAAUCAGCCGAGUUGUCGCUUCAAGAUAUGUUUCACGGUAUUUCAACUCUGAACAUGCUGCCUCAGGGAACAAACUUUCCCAAUCCUCUGUCAAGUUAACUCAAGUUGAAAGGGACAUGGAGCAAUUGCAAAUCGAACCAAACAAGGAUAUAUGUCUUAGAGACUUGAAACUCACACUUGGACCCGAGUUGAAGAUAAUAUAUCCUUUGAUUCUUGAUUUCACCGUUAGUGGAGACCUUGAGUUAAAUGGCCUAGCCCAUCCAAAAUUCAUAAAACCUAAAGGCAUCCUGGUAUUAGAAAAUGGUGAAGUUGGUCUUGGUGCCACGCAGGUGAGGUUAAAGCUAGAUCAUAUAAAUAUUGCGAAAUUUGAGCCUGAAUUUGGACUAGAGCCAAUGUUAGAUUUAGCAUUGGUUGGGUCUGGAUGGCAAUUCAGAAUUCACGGUCGAGCAAGCAAUUGGCAAGAAAACCUUACGGUGACUUUAGCUCACCCUGGGGAACAGGAUGCACUCUCAUUUAUUGAGGCUGUUAGGAAGCUUGAGAGUCAUUUGCCAGAAUCCAUUAUGGGAAAAGACGGUCGGCUUGAAAUCAACAAGCUGGCAACUGAAACUCUCAAAAAUUUGAUGCCAAGAAUCGAAGGGAAGGGUGAAUACGGGCAAGCAAGGUGGAGAAUAGUGUAUGCGCCUCAGAUCCCUAGUUUGAUGUCUGUUGAUCCUACAGUGGAUCCUCUCAAGUUACUUGCCAAUACUAUAUCCUUCGGUACAGAAGUUGAAGUCCAGCUAGGGAAACGUCUUCAGGCCACAAUUGUUAGGCAAAUGAAAGAGUCGCAGAUGGCAGUGCAGGGGACCCUGAGCUAUCAGCUUACAAAUCGCUUGAGAUUGCUGCUACAAUCUGCUCCAUCCAAGCGUCUUCUUUUUGAGUAUUCUUCUGCUAUAUAACAGGAUUAAUUGUUUAGCUUCCAUAUAGCUUUUUAAAAGAAAGCUACCAAUUUAAGUUGAAUUACUGCACUUGCCAGUUGGCAGGAUGCUGCAGAUCGAAUAAAUUCUAUUCUAACUUCAGAUUUACGUUCACAUAUUGUUAAAACAGAGGGGUCAUGGGGCCUUUUAGGCAUAUCAAAAGUAGAGUAGUUGAUGAUUCUUUUGCUCAGAUUGAGCUUGUUGACAGGCAGAUAAAAGAAUCGAUGUGUCUUGAGUGCAGUGUCUUAAUUUUGUACAGAAACUCAUUUUAAUGAAAGGAAAUAUAGUUUUUGUAGA